AUGGGUACAUUCAUGGGUACAUUCAUGGGUACAUUCAUGGGUACAUUCAUGGGGCCGGUCGUAUAUCACGACAACGGAGCACAAAGCCUUCUAGACCCAGGAAUGACCAUCUACCUCAUCCGGCACGCGGCUCCAAGAUUCAGGCGUUUAAGGCGAAGCUCUGGAGUGAGCGCUGAUCUAGACCUGGAUGUCUAUGUGGCCAAUGUCAUGGAGAACAACACCGAACAAAGCUGCCAGCAAACCACUGGGCCUAAUAUACUUGUCACACCAUGGAACGAAACUGGCAUAGGGACUUCAGCUUCUCUCCCCAGCACGCUGACUGAACACACAUCUCUUCCCGCUCUCGCAGCUUUUCAUACAACCAACACACUUCUAGGGCAAGUCGCCGCUCGCUCAGCCAAGCGACAAUAUCUACGGCAUGAAACGGGAAACCACUAUAAGGUUCCUCCCUAUGGAAUCAAGAAACGGAAAUCAUAUCCGAGUGAGAGUUGGUUAGUCACCUACCUGCCCUCACAGCAAUACUUCAAUCGUGCUAAUGAGGCCUUCGCUACCAAGGGCAUGGCCGCCUCUGCUAUAUGGAAAAAAUGGAUUGGCAAGCUCCCUAUAGAACGGAGCAGUGGGGACUCUCUGGCCUUUCAAAUCUCUCCCAGCGCAUCAUGGGCAACUCUCAGCCCAAUGCCAUUCACAAGACUGCAUAUGAGUGAAUUACUGCUUGUGACAAACGCUCACCGGUCAGAUGCCAUAAAACAAUCGGCGUCUUUGCUAUUCAACUUCCAUUCGAUCAUCAACAUCGACACACCAACACCAACAACAGCACAUUUCGCAACCUCAACCAAGUACCAACGACAUCUACUACAAUCGCAAGACUUUGCGGAUCGCUAUAUCAUCCAAGAUCAACUUUCCAGACCGACAACGCACUAUUAUUCCAAGAUGGCCAUCGCUCGCAACGACUCCGCCGUUGGCAAGCAGUUCUCCGAGCACCAAAACCUUGACGAACUUAUGAAAGAGUUCGAGCAAGAUGCUAUGGCUUUAGGCUAUGAAAACGGACCUCAGCCAGGAGGAGAGGAUGUUGGCUUUGAGGGGUACGAAGGGGAAGACAUUGGCUACGAGGAGACCGAAGAUCAUGACAAUGGGCUUGAGGAGUACCAGGGGCAUUACGACAGCGAUGGAUACUCAGAGGACGACGAGGAAGAUGGCGGUUUCCAGGCCUAUGAGGAUUGGAAAGAGAGACGGGAUCGUCCCACAAUCGAAGAGAAUCCAAGCGAUGUUCAACUCGACGUUCAUGGGGAAGAUGAUAUCGCCCUGAGGGAGCUAAUCCAGUCAAUCAACCAAGACGCGAUCGAUCUUGGCGUCGAAGAGUCGGCAGAAACUGGACAAGCAGAGCAGAAGGAUGUGCAAGAAGAGGCCGAAGAAGAUAAUGCAGAGGGUGAUCCGCAGCCGUCAAGCCUAGGAAAUGGCCCUGCGGCAGCCUCUCCAUUCACCUUUCGUCCUCUACCGAUACGUCAGCCUGCCUACAUCCCCCCAGUCCCACCAUGCCAACCAGCGCCCGGGCCCGCAGGCCAACAACCUCUGCCACGAUUCGUCCCGAUUGCAGCCCAGACCUUCCCGACUCAAAACACAUUCCGAGUUGCCAUUCCUCCAUAUGCUGGGCCUAUACCAUUUACUAUCCCAGGACCCUUCCAGCGACGUGUCCCGACUCAGGCUGUUCGCACUGCAAAUCCCGCCCCGCAAACUCUUCCUCCCGUGGCACCUCAACAAGCAACUCACUAUCGUGGCCCUGCCAAGCGAAUCAAGUCCAAAGCCCGCUUGGCCUCGAACUUGACUCCGAGACUUGCUAAUGGGACCAUCGAUUUCGAGGUCAAGACUUGCCUACACGAGAUGAAGCGUGUCGGUAGUGAGUUCAAUUUCAAUGGGCAUCACGACGGGAACCAGAAAUGUGCUAGGGUUCUUAAGAUGCUCUUCGUCAACAAGUUCCCCGACGCGAAGAUCAGUCAGCAAGUCCUCGCUGAUCGACUGCAGCAAAUCUGGUAUGCGAGGAAGAAUAGGCCUGGUCGGAGGGAGGACCCGGAGUGGAAGAGAGUUGUAGAGAUGAGGGAUGCGGAUGAAGGGCUAAGGAGUGGGUUGCGAGGGAGGAUUCGAGGGACUGGAGGAGGGAGCAGGACAAUAGAAGAUAUGAAAACGCAUACUGAUUCCCAUUCCCUUACAACCACAGUCUUGUAA